AUGGCACCUCAUUCACCAUUACCACCCACGCUCAAAGUCAACGAACGAGAACUAUAUGCACCUAGAUUUCCAACAUUGUUCGGUCAAGCAAAUAUCCCACACCAAAAUGAUUAUUCACGAGCACCUUUGAAGCCCCUAAGAUCAAUCAACCAGAUACAGAUACAAAAACAGAAACAAGCACGACAAUCGAUUUUCCAAGGUGGACAUUUAUCUUUUGGUGUAUUACUUUGUUUGUUCAUUGCUACAUUAUGGCUUUUGGCUGCUUUCUCUGCUGCUCAAAUGACACUUACGUUCCCUUCGCCGACAGAUUUAGUUGCACCUAUUACAGAAGCUAGUUUAUGGGGUGAAGUGGGUAUGUAUGAGUUGAGUUCUUGGAGAAGAUUGAGAACGGGUGAAGGAUUUUCUUCUCCUUCUUCUUCCAUCGAGAAGUAUAGUAUGAACGGUAUGUUCAGUGGUGGAAGUAAAGGAAGAUGGAAGAGGAAUGAAGCUGUUUUAGAGAAAUUGAAGGAAUCAUCCAAGCCUUUACCGCCACUUAUGGGUACUUCCACAGCGUUACCUUUACCUGCUUCUUCGCCACUUCCUACUUCAGACUUAGCGAUACUACCAACCUUACAUCAAUCUGCUGAUUCUUCAAGUCUGAUCAAGACGGAUACACUUCCUGCCCAAAGAGCAAGAGAAUUCAAAACGCGUAGCGAGCCGGAACCAUUCCCAAUAGACGACAAUAUCGCUGCCGCUUCUCUUCGUUCUCAACGUGCCAGAGGAUUCGACUUGCCGGCUUUAACGAGUUCCGACUAUGUGCCCGCUGAUUCUAUUUCAGAACAACGUGCAAAGGGCUACAAACUUCUUGGCGACAAGAUCCCUUCCGGUUAUGCAGGACUGAUCGUCGAUUCUUUACACUCUCAAAGAGCAAGAGGAUUUGGCUUCGACAACUCAAACAUAGCCAAAGCCCUCGCGGAAGAUCCAGGAAAUAGCUCAGGUACUUCUUUAAUUGAACAAAGGGCAAAUGGCUUCGACUUGCUAGACGGUCUUAAUGAUCUUUCUAGCCCGGCUGGUAUGAUGGUAGAUCCAAUUCGGGCACAACGUGCCAGAGGGUAUGAUUUACCUAUCCAGAAUAUCGGAGAGUACAAUGACCAAUAUGCGUCGAUGGUAUCUCGAUCACGACUACAAGGAGCCAAAGAAGACAUGGAGCCGAGACGACAUAGACAGCACGAGGAAGAGCAAGUCGAUGGCGGAAUAUAA